UUUGUACCUCUCCUUUUUUAUGGUAGAGCAAGCAACGCAAACGAACGCCAGAGCAUCGCUGACGUCGUUGCUGGAGGAGACUUCUCCUCCUCCAAUCAGGACCCCAACCGACGCCUCGGUGGCGGGGACGAAACAGCGCCAGCAGAGACCUGAGCCCCAAAUUCUCUUGCGGUAGGGUUUUUCGCCACCGGAGACGAUAUUGGUUCCAACUUCCAAGAGAGCUCGAUCCGAUGACCUUCAAUCCCAUCGCGCCCGUUUCGCAAGAUUUCUGGCUUCGUUCUCUCCUUCCUCCCUCUAUCUAACCAUUAUCUCGAGCCGCCAAACCCACCCGAUCUCCCUCCCUCGGACGUGGUUGAAUUCCCUUCGAGAUUCAUUGGAAGCUCUUCCUAUGCGACCACGGGUAGCAACUCCAGCACAGGAUCCUGAGGUUUGAUAAUUCCAUGUCUAUCUUUGUCUUCGUCAUCGCUGUCGAUGCUGUCCAUUUCCCCGAAGAUUCAAGUUUUUUCUUCGCCAAAGAUCGGUUUUUUGGGCAACUUGUAGUAAAUCGUUCCAUAUACUCCAAUAAACUUUACUUCAUCCUUCGUCUCCCGAGCUUCAGUUUGUUGUGUGCUUGGACGAUCUUUAAGGCAAACUCUUUAAUGGAACAACGAUUUUGAUGGAUUCUUCCAUGAAUUCCCUAAACAAAAGCAUGAGGGAAGUGCGAUGUCUUUGUGUGCAUGUACCUGUCUCAUGAUCCAACACUGAACAAGCUACUUUCUUGAGCUUACCCUUAUAUUACUGAUAAAUUCAAGUAGGGCGGAGACAAGAUUUAAAUUAAGAUAGUCCACUGUUUUCUAACUCCGGAUUGUCUUCUUUUGUUCUUGGAGGAAAUCAACUUAAGCGGCUUCUGGUUGGAUCUGCUUCCAGUGGAUCCUAAAUUGGCUCCAACUGUUGAAGGUGGAAACCAAGGAGGCUGAUGGAUCUAUCUUGAUUGUUUAAUCAUAUUGCUUCCAGCUUUCUAGGGUUGAAGACCAAUCCGCCCCAUACAACCGGCGCACUAGUCCUCCGAGUCCGGAUGAUGUCCUCAGUCAAUUUGCCGCUGUCGCCGUCGACCCUCUCUUUGGUUGUCAAUUCCCCAAGAUUCUCCCGCCCCUCCAAGAAAAUUCUUCGGAUCACGGCCUCUUCAGCCGGCUCCGACGAGAGCCGAACGACGGGGAGGAGCACGCUGGCGUCCGUUUUGGAGGUCCCCAAGACGCUGUGGAGGAGGACGCUGCAACCUCUUGGAGACUACGGAUUUGGGCGGCGAGGAGUGUGGGAGGGAGGCGUUGGGUUGUUCAUGGUCUCCGGGACAGCUCUCUUCGCCCUCGCCAUAGUCUGGCUGCGUGGUAUCCAGAUGCGUUCGCGGUUCAGGAAAUAUCAGGUGGUGUUCGAGUUCUCCCAGGCAGCUGGGAUCUGUGUGGGCACCCCUGUUAGGAUCCGGGGGGUGACUGUGGGCAGCGUGGUGCGGGUUGGUUCCAGCUUGAAGAGCAUCGAUGCCGUAGUUGAGGUUGAAGAUGAUAAAAUAUUUGUACCUCGAAAUUCAUUAGUUGAGGUGAAUCAAUCUGGCCUUCUUAUGGAGACAUUGAUUGAUAUUACACCACGAGAUCCACUUCCUGAGCCUUCUGUAGGUCCUCUUGAUACUGAUUGUGUCAAAGAAGCUCUAAUUGUGUGUGACAGACAAAAGAUAAAAGGACAACAAGGAGUAAGCUUGGAUUCCUUGAUUGGAGUGUUUACACGUCUUGGAAGAGAAAUGGAGGAAAUUGGAGUCUCAAGAAGUUAUAGAUUGGCUGAAAAGGUGGCAUCUGUUGUUGAAGAAGCACAACCCCUCCUUGCCAAGCCAUUUUCAAGUACGUGCAUUCUGAAUCUGAAGUAUGAAGAAUUUGUUGUAGUAAUGCAACAGAUUGAAGUAUUGGCUGAAGACAUUCAACCUUUGCUUGCUGAGGUGCGCGAUAGUACUCUGCUGAAGGAUGUGGAAAGCUUAACCAAGAGCCUAGCCAUGGCAACCGAGGAUUUGAGGCUCAAUCUUCCGUCAUCUUGUAGGAAGGUUCAGUCUGCCAUCCUAACUCCUGAGAAUGCUGAUUUAAUUAAACAAUCUAUUUUCACCCUCAUCUUCACCUUGAAGAAUAUCGAGAGUAUCAGUUCAGACAUAUCCAGCUUCACCGGCGAUGAGGCUACAAGGAGGAAUUUGAAGUUGUUAAUCAAGUCUCUCAGCAGACUUCUGUGACCGUUGCUGAAACCAAAUUUGUGCCACUUCUUUGCUAAAAAAAAUCUGCUCGCGACGGUGAAACCAGUGAACGGGUAUAUUUCCACAAAGAUAAUGACUCACGAGUCACAUCGUGUUUAAAAUUAGUCGUGUAUAAAAAUGCAAUUAGAAUAAGAAAAUGAAGGUACUCGAACUAUUUCAAUAAUUAGUUACUUAAUUUUUUAAAAUAAAAUUGGUGAUUUUUUCAUAUCA